GACAUUAGAGGCAUGUUGCAUGCGUUUAAUUCACACGCGCACCAUUUAUUCAACAACCUAUGAUAUUAAUCACUUCCUAGUUCCUUCCAACUCAUACAACAAACAAUUUCAGCAUACUUUUCUUGUCUUUCUUUUUGUCCUCUUGUUGGCUUUUGCUCCUUUGAUUCCCAACUUCACCAUAUUAUGAAGCUCACAGGUUUCCUGCAAGCGGUGACUCUAACUGCUUUGGUGUUAUCCAUCUUCACUGCAUCAGAUCCCGAUUCUCUUCAAGACCUCUGUGUCGCAGACCUUGCCUCAGCGGUUAAAGUGAAUGGAUUCACCUGCAAAGAUGCUGGCAAGGUAAAUGCGAGUGAUUUCUUCUCAGACAUACUAGCCAAACCAGGUGCCACAAACAACACGUAUGGCUCCCUAGUGACUGGAGCCAACGUUCAGAAAAUCCCAGGACUCAACACCCUUGGCGUGUCUUUGUCACGCAUUGACUAUGCCCCAGGUGGCAUCAACCCACCUCACACGCACCCACGUGCGACCGAAGUAGUGUUCGUGCUUGAAGGAACACUAGAUGUUGGGUUCAUAACCACAGCCAAUGUGCUCAUUUCAAAGGCCAUCAACAAGGGUGAGAUAUUUGUGUUCCCAAAGGGCUUAGUUCACUUCCAAAAGAACAAUGGAAAGGAACCUGCUUCAGUUAUUGCAGCAUUCAAUAGUCAGUUGCCUGGCACACAGUCCAUUGCUCUAACCUUGUUUGCAGCCACACCACCACUUCCGGAUAAUGUGUUAACCAAGGCUUUCCAGGUGGGUACCAAGGAGGUUCAGAAAAUUAAGUCUAGGCUUGCACCUAAGAAAUAAUAAUUGAUAUUAUCAUGUGGGAUGUGGUUGUAAUGUCUUUCAUGUUUGUUGGGAACUCAUAAAGGAUUUGGAAUCAGAGUAUAAAUGGAGCAUAUUCAUUUAUUUGAUGAUUGGAAUUUGAAAGAUGAUUGCAUGCUUCUUGUUUUGUUA